ACGUGAAACGCGACAUAAACAAACCGGAGAGUCGUGUCGUGUGUCGGUAAUCGUUAUCGCUGUCUCUAAACGGGAUUGAAGCUGUUAAAAUCGUGACGCUAAACCGGGGUUUGAAUGCACCCUUAGCAACGUUCGGUUCCUAGUGACGGUUACCAUGGUGAAGUGUGUCGUCUCCGGGUGUCCCAGCAGGUUACAGACCGCUGCUAACCGAGGGAUCCUCAACAGACCAGCCAAGAGGUUCUUCAACUUCCCCAAAGAUCCUGCCAGAGUCAAGGUAUGGCUCGCAGCUCUGAGGGAAACAGACAAGCAAGACUCGACCGACCAGCACCUCAUCUGUGAGGACCACUUCCUGCCGGAGGACGUCACUCAACACGGGGUCAACAGCGACGCCAUCCCCAUCAUGCCCCCCUACCUGGACGGUCCCAUGGGCAUGGGCGGCUCCUGGGGAGGCGAGUCGUCUGAGGGAGAAGAUCAGUGGGCCACCGGUGGCUGCGACGAUGAGGAGGAGGAUGAAGGUGGAGAUGAUGCGCCUGUUUAUAUGGAGCCUCCUGCACCUGAACCAGAACCAGAACCAGAACCUCCAGCACCAGAACCACCGAAGCAGCAGCCAGUUCGACUUCUGCAGAAUCCUUCAGGGUCAAGGACGACGACUAGAAGUGCCAGUAUGCAUCCGGUCCAGGCUAAGAGAUUUUCCAGACAGGACGUGUCUCUGGGGUUGCUGGCUCGGCGUUUCCUGGAGCUGUUACUGGCGUCUCCAGACGGCAUGGUGGACCUCAGGCAGGCGGUCUCCAGCCUGCAGACCCGCAAGCGGCGAAUCUAUGACAUCACCAACGUCCUCACGGGCAUCAGUCUCAUCGAGAAACAGUCGGCCUGCAUGUUCAAGUGGAUAGGAAAAAGUCCCAUCUCCUGCUUCCUGUGGAAUAACCCAGAGAGGUUACAGAAAGAGAUGGAGAACCUGAAGCUGGUGGAGGACACACUGGACGGCCUCAUCAAAAGCUGUGCUCAGCAACUGUUUGACAUGACUGACAACACAGCAAACUCACCGUCGGCCUACGUGACCUACGAGGACGUCAGGCGGCUCAGUGCCUUCCAGGAUCAGACGCUGUUCGUCGUCAAAGCACCGGAGGAGACUAAAUUGGAGGUUCCACCACCGACAGAGGACUAUAUCCAGGUGCGUCUGAAGGGUGGGAAGGGUCCCAUCAAGGUGCUGACGUGUGAUAUGGGGUCAGGAAGCAUGGGGGCUGCAGAGAGGAGGGGCUGCUUCUUAACGCUGGAGGAAAGCCGGAUAAAGACGUCGCUGCUGCACACAGAGUCCUCGAAUCCACAGAGCACUAUGCAGAGUUCAUAACCACCGACUGUCCACCAGGGGGCGCCAGCUGACCUCAGGAUUCAGACACAAGCCUGGAAAACUUACUGAGGUUCAAACUGAUUGUUUCCACGUAUCCAGAGGGGCCAAAAGUUGCACAAAGCUUCUGUAAAAAUUACAGUUCAGACUGAAACGUUACAGAUUUGAACAGACUGUGAGCUCACACCUGCUUCUACUUGUUAAAGAUUUCAAUAAACUUCAGCUGAUGUCUGUUUAAAUCAGCUGAAACGCACAUCACCAAAACCCCAAACUGGUCACGGGGCAAUAUCACACAGUUUUAAUUUGAUGUGGAAAUCAUGGAUCAGUUUUCAUUAUGCACCAUUGAAAGUUUUUUAAAUCAU